UGGCCGCGCGUGGCCCCCGUGGCCGGCCAGCUGCACUCGGUGGCCUUCCUCGCGCUGGCCGCCGUGCUGGCCCUGGCCUGCUGUGCCUCCAACGUCACCUUCCUGCCCUUCCUGAGCCGCCUGCCGCCUGCCUUCCUGCGGUCCUUCUUCCUGGGCCAGGGCCUGGGCGCGCUGCUGCCCUGCGUGCUGGCCCUGGGGCAGGGCGUAGGCCGCCUCGAGUGUCCGCCCGCCCCGGCCAACGCCACCCCGGGCCCCCCCCUCGUCUCCCCGGAGCGCUUCCCCGCCAGCACCUUCUUCUGGGUCCUGGCGGCCCUUCUGGUCACCUCAGCGGCUGCCUUCCAGGGCCUCCUGCUGCUGCUGCCCUCCCCACUCCCCGCGCCCCCGGGGGGCCCCAGGCCUGGCCCGCAGGUGGGCGCCCCGGGAGGGGGGCCCCGGGGGGCCGAGGAGGAGGAGGAGGCCUCCCCGCUGCAGGAGCUGGCGGGCGAGGCCGCGGAGGCCACCCCCGGCCCAGGGCCCCCGGCCCAGCGGCUGCGCUCUCUCCGUGGUGCCUCCCUGCUGGGCCUGCUGGCCGUCACCAACGCGCUGACCAACGGAGUGCUGCCGGCCGUGCAGAGCUUCUCCUGCCUGCCCUACGGCCGCCUGGCCUACCACCUCGCCGUGGUGCUGGGCAGCGCGGCCAGCCCGCUGGCCUGCUUCCUGGCCCUGGGUGUGCUGUGCAGGUCCCUGGCCGGCCUGAGCGGUCUCUCUCUGCUGGGCCUGCUGCUGGCAGUCUACCUGGUGGUGCUGGCCGUCCUGAGCCCCUGCCCGCCUCUGGUGGGCACCUCCGCCGGGGUGGUCACUGUGGUGCUGGCCUGGGUACUGUGUCUGGGGGUGCUGUCCUACGUGAAGGUGGCCUCCAGCUCGCUGCUGCACGAGGGCGGCCGGCCGGCCCUGCUGGCGGCCGGCGUGGCCAUCCAGAUGGGCUCCCUGCUGGGCGCAGUGGCCAUGUUCCCCCCGGCCAGCAUCUACCAGGUGUUCCGCAGCGGCAGAGACUGUGUGGACUCCUGCGGGCCUUGAGCGCGGCCCCCGCCUCCGCGGCCCCCACG